AGCAAACCUUGUUAGACAAGCACACGGCCCACAGCUGUGGUCGUAGGAGCAAGUGUGAGUAGGCGGGUCUGCAGAAAGCAAGAGCAACACAAUUGACGGUUCCUAACGAGAAGAGCCUGCCGUAAUCAGGCAUGGCAACCUACCGUCCGCUUGCGAACCGUCGGCCGUCGGUGGAAGCAGCCUAUACAAAACAUGAGCAGUCCCGACUGCGCUGGCUGCCCCGUUACCUCCGACUCGUUAUCGUCGCCGUUCUCCUUGUCAGUACUUCUCUGUUGACAUAUUGCUUGCGUCCGGACAUUCGCGUUCAAGGAACGAUAGACAUACGGAUGGCGGCAGAACAUGGGUACAUUACGACAUUACGACAGCAGCUGCAGCCGUACAUAUGGACAAAUGAUGCUGGAAAUGGAACGCUGGAAGAGUUUGUCAUGAUCAUUCCCGCUAACAAGGGCAUGUUGAGCAUGGCAUAUAAUCUUCUGUGCUCUCUGCGGCGUGUCGGGAGUGACGCUGUUCCCGUCAUUUGGGCGUUGGACAUGGAAGCGGUUAGAGAUCUUGCAUCCUACCGUCAACGUCAUUCACUUCGGUUUGGAAUAUACCAUGAUCCCAACUUAUUUAGCGUCAGCAGCUUUGAAGCCGGCGGAUCAGACAAUUACUGGCGUAUGAUGUCGCAACGUCCCAACUUUUUCCUGACCAUGCUGCGGGAUACAAAGCUGGGUGUACUAUUUGUGGAUGCGGAUAUUGUGUUUUAUUCUGAUCCUUGGGAUAUUGUGCGGAAAUCCCGGGGAGCGGACGUUGUUAUCACAACGGAUGCGAGAGAUUUCUAUGAUCUCUUGGAAGAUCCUUACGAGGGGCAGCCGCGCGUACCGAGGAUUUGCGCUGGACUGUUUGGCGUUAGAGCCAAUCAACAAACCGUUCGCAUAUAUGAAAUUAUGGCUGAACAAAUGAAGGCUGGCGCAAGUAAUGACCAGUAUGCCCUCGACUGGAUCCUCAACUACUCCUUCAACUCUGUCCUCGUCCCACCCAUCCCCGCCGGUCUCGGCCUACCUCCAGAUCCCAAUCACGAUCCUUCCCUCCCCUCCCUCUCCGUCCAGCUCCUUUCCCAAACAACUUACAUCAACGGCGCCCUCUACGUGCCACACCGCGAAACAGAGUAUGAACGCCGUGUUCAAAUGGAUGGCGGACGAAGAGGGGCAAUACAUGGAAAUUGGUGGUGGACCGACAAGUUUUCGGAUUUUAGAAAUUAUGGGUUGUGGUUGUUGGGUGAGAGUGAAAAGUGUUUGCAUUAGUAUACUCUGUCUUUUUUUCUUUUUUGAGGAUAUUCGUUGUUUGCAUAGCAUUCAAAUGUAUGUAUGGUGUUGCAUAAUCUUUGAUAUGAUGAUUUGGAUAAUUCAUUCUUUUAUUAAAAUAUAUUAUGAGAGAUUUAUU